CUCGCUCCCCUGUAUAAAAACCUCUCCUCCGCUUCGCUAGGGCUCCUCACUCUCUCGCUCUCACACCCACUCCCCUCCGCACUUCUCUCUCCGAUCGAUCGCUUCCUCUCCAAUCUGUCCUCUCUCCGAUUCUCCUCUUUUUAGGUAAAGAUGAGAGAAAUCCUCCACGUGCAGGGUGGCCAAUGCGGCAACCAGAUCGGAUCCAAGUUCUGGGAGGUUGUGUGUGACGAGCACGGUAUCGACCCCACGGGUCGCUACGCCGGCACCUCUGAUCUCCAGCUGGAGCGCGUCAAUGUGUACUACAACGAGGCCUCCUGCGGGAGGUUCGUCCCUCGUGCCGUGCUUAUGGAUCUGGAGCCAGGCACCAUGGACAGUGUCCGCACCGGACCCUAUGGCCAGAUCUUCCGCCCUGACAACUUUGUCUUUGGACAGUCGGGCGCUGGUAACAACUGGGCCAAGGGGCACUACACUGAGGGGGCCGAGCUCAUUGAUUCGGUCCUCGAUGUGGUCCGGAAGGAGGCCGAGAACUGUGAUUGCCUCCAAGGGUUCCAAGUAUGCCACUCCCUUGGUGGAGGAACGGGAUCUGGAAUGGGAACCCUUCUGAUCUCAAAGAUCAGGGAGGAGUACCCUGACCGGAUGAUGCUUACAUUCUCUGUUUUCCCUUCGCCAAAGGUCUCCGACACAGUUGUUGAACCAUAUAACGCAACUCUUUCUGUGCAUCAGUUGGUUGAGAAUGCAGAUGAAUGCAUGGUGCUGGACAAUGAAGCUCUCUAUGAUAUCUGCUUCCGCACUCUCAAGCUUACCACUCCUAGCUUUGGCGACCUCAAUCACUUGAUCUCUGCGACCAUGAGUGGCGUCACAUGCUGCCUCCGCUUUCCUGGCCAGCUCAAUUCUGAUCUCCGCAAGCUGGCAGUCAACCUGAUCCCCUUCCCGCGUCUCCACUUCUUCAUGGUCGGCUUCGCACCCCUCACCUCCCGUGGGUCACAGCAGUACCGGGCCCUAACCGUGCCUGAGCUCACCCAGCAGAUGUGGGACUCCAAGAACAUGAUGUGUGCUGCUGACCCCCGCCAUGGCCGCUACCUCACUGCCUCUGCCAUGUUCCGAGGCAAGAUGAGCACCAAAGAAGUCGACGAACAAAUGAUCAACGUCCAAAACAAGAACUCUUCCUACUUUGUGGAGUGGAUACCCAACAAUGUCAAAUCCAGCGUGUGCGAUAUCCCCCCGCGCGGACUCUCAAUGGCGUCAACCUUCAUUGGUAACUCAACUUCCAUUCAGGAGAUGUUUAGGAGGGUGAGCGAGCAGUUCACGGCCAUGUUCAGGAGGAAGGCCUUCUUGCACUGGUACACAGGUGAGGGCAUGGACGAGAUGGAGUUCACUGAGGCAGAGAGCAACAUGAAUGAUCUCGUCUCUGAGUACCAGCAAUACCAGGAUGCCACUGCCGAUGAGGAAGGCGAGUACGAGGACGAGGAAGAAGCGGUCCAGGAAAUGUGAGAGGGGAAAUAUGCUGAUCUCGCUGCACCUUGCGGUCCGCGAUAGUGUUGUGGUAUUAUUGCGUUCCCUUUCCUUUAUUUUUAGCUAGAAAGUAUCACAUGUGCUUGAAUUGCUUCUAUGUGAGCUUCUCAUAUUAUACUGUUAUGUUGGUUGUUGUGUUGUUGUUAGUUAUGUGCUCAUGUUUUUGCUACCAGACAACUUGUUGCUUGAUAUGCUUUCUCGCAUAUGUUGAAUACUAGAUCAUGUUUAAUAUCAGUAGUUUUCAGCAUCUUUUAUCUUGUGUCACUUUAGUUGUCCGAUUUUGGCUUGAAGCUACCAAAAAUGUGACACUGUCGUGCACUCGUUGGACAAGUGUUUAUUGUUUUAUCUUCUCAUUCCCAGGGCAAGUGAUAUGUAUUCUUAA